UUACCAAUUCAUUCCGUUCUCUUCUCCCUUUUCCUCUGUUUCUCAUCCUCUGCGAUUAAAUAAAAGUAUUCUCUUCGUCUUCAACUUACUCAAUUUCAAAAUCAAUCAGAUUUCGGAUCAUUUCUUUGAGAAAGGAUACUGUAAGUCGUCUUCGUAUAUAUUGAUUGUAGCAAAUUUACAAGAAAAGAAAGACGAACAAGGAUCUUCCUGAGUGCCCCCAUUUCUCCAACCUCUUCUUCUUAAUUUCUUGCUUCAAUGGAAUUGGCGGACAUUCCAAAGUCGGGUGUUAUUACUCCUGGAGAGGUGAACAGUGGGUUAGAAAAGGCAGUGAUUUCCGAUCAAACAAACAGAUUUCAGUACAAUACAAAAUCUGAUAGCUUCAUCAUCGAUAUGGACAAUCUUUCCAACAAGGAAAUUUCUCACAAUUCAAGAAUUUCAAGGAAUUUUAGUAGAAAAGGAAUGUUACGUGGCGGAAGCAAGAUAGGGCAAGAUAAUGGUGAUGGUGAUGAAGCAGGAGAGUCCAUAUCUCCAUUAGGGGGAGGAGGAGGAGGAGGGUCGAGCACGCUGGAAAAGCAGGCGGUGGUGGGGAGAGAAGAAUUGGUGGUCGGUGGCAGCGGCGGCGUCGGCGUCGGCGCACUGAGCCAUGAGACAGCGAUUAGUAGCACCCAAUGGAGCGUCGGCGCCGAAAAGCUGAGCAUUAGAAGGAACAGCUUCAAGCGGUCUCCACAACCUUGCAGUUGGUACUUGGACCCCAGGAAGAUUUUUUUGUUCUGCGCCACAUUGUCGUGCGUGGGAACUAUGUUGCUGAUAUACUUGACAUUUUCAUCUGGAUUGCUCAAAGUAGAAGAAAGCGAGCUGGGUUCAUAGAAGUCAAUAGUCCAAACCGUUAGGUGACGAACUCUUUUUUGGUGAUAUAUGAUGUAUUAUACUUUUGUUUAGUAUAGCUAUAUAUAUCUGUGUGUGUGUGUGUGUGUGUGUUGAAUUUCGGAAAGGGAUUAAAAAAUAAGGGCAGUUGUAGCCUACGGGAGGUGUAGAGAAUCCGAAGGAAAUUAGUCUUUCACCAAUGGAGGUCCCAUUUAUAAUUAGUGUAUACAUAAUACAUAUACAUCCCUUAAUCUGAAUCUACUACUUGUCCCUUCUUCGGUA